AUGUCUUUUCUUUUCGGCAGAGUAAAGUCUCGCACGACUACUGCCGACCUACCAAAGCAGGCACACGAUCACAUUCUGAAGCUCGACGGUCCCGCUGGGGCUGCCAAGUCUGAGGAGCUUGCGCGUGUGCUCAGUCAAAUGAAGUUUCUGCUGCAGGGCACACCAGAAGCUGAUAGCUCGCCCGAGCAAAUUUACCAACUAGUCACAGGGCUGAUAGACGAGGACCUACUCUACCUCCUAGCUGUCAACCUUUAUCGAUUCCCCUUCGAAGCCCGCAAGGACACCCAGUUCAUCUUCUCGUACGUAUUCCGAUUCCGACCUGCCGCCGCCGCCCCCAAGAGCGACCCCAUCGCCCUAUCAUAUGUCGUCUGCAACCGUCCUCAAGUUUUGGUAGAGCUUUGCCGAGCUUACGACCACAAGGAGAGCGCAACACCCGCUGGUUCCGUUCUCCGAGAGCUGCUUAAGAACGAGGCGGCAGCAGCCAUUAUUCUAUACGACGACGGUGACGCACCGGGAUCCAGUUCCAAGGGACUCAACGCCAUCGACCGGGACAGACCGCAGAGUGGCAGGGGUGUAUUCUGGCGUUUCUUCGACUGGGUGGACAAGAGCUCCUUUGAGGUGGCAGCCGAUGCUUUCACGACCUUCCGAGAACUGCUAACGAGGCAUAAAGAGCUGGUGCCGAGGUACCUCUCAGUAAACUUUGAUCUCUUCUUCGACAAGUACAACAAUGUUCUGGUCCAGUCCAACAGCUAUGUCACCAAGCGCCAGUCUAUUAAGCUCCUAGGAGAGAUCCUUCUGGACCGGUCCAACUACAGUGUAAUGAUCGCCUACGUUGAUCGUGGGGAGCACCUCAAGAUAUGCAUGAACCUCCUCCGAGACGAUAGGAAGAUGGUUCAAUACGAGGGGUUCCACGUCUUCAAGGUUUUUGUCGCCAAUCCCCACAAGUCCGUUGCUGUGCAAAAGAUCCUCAUCAUGAACCGCGACAAGCUCCUCAAUUUCCUCGCACACUUCCUCGAAGACCGCACAGACGACGAACAGUUCAUGGACGAGCGCGAGUUUCUCAUAAAGCAGAUCCGUAACCUACCUCCAGCGCCUGUACCGCCUCAGAGAUAA